AUAAACGUUUGUGCAACUCUGGCGUUGCUUUACUUCGUUUGGCUAUUAACAAUCAUUUUUACAUUUUUUAUAAUGACGCAUAUUUUAUAAAAAAAAACUGUUGUUAAAUUUCCGCUAUAACUGGUUGUUAUAAUUGCGUACAAAUAUUAUAAAGAUAUGGAGCAAAUACCAUAUACUUGGUUAUUUAUUGCAGCCGGUGCGAUUUGGCUUAUCAGGUUGUAUAUGCAAGGAGGCAAAUACCGGAAGAGUACCACCGCCAUGGGCAAAGUAGUAAUUGUAACAGGGGCAAACACAGGCAUUGGAAAAGAGACUGCUCGUGAGCUUGCUAAGCGAGGAGCUACCAUCUAUAUGGCUUGCCGUGAUAUGGAAAAAUGUGAAAAGGCACGGCAAGAACUCAUCAAAGAUACUUGUAACAGAAACAUUUUCGGCAUGCAACUUGAUUUGGCCUCUCUAAAAUCAAUUAAAGAUUUUGCUGAUAACUAUAAAAAAAUCGAGUCGAGACUGGAUAUUUUGAUAAAUAAUGCUGGAAUUAUGCAUUGUCCCCGCAUGGUUACUCAAGACGGUUUCGAAAUGCAGAUUGGUGUCAACCACUUAGGACAUUUCUAUUUAACUAAUUUGCUUCUUGAUCUUCUAAAGAAAUCUGCACCCAGUCGGAUUGUUGUUCUCUCAAGCUUAGCGCAUAAAAUGGGACCCUUUAAAAAUAAUGAUUUUCUUAGUGAACGUUCAUACAGCCCUUCAAAAGUUUAUUCACACAGUAAAAUUGCUAACAUUUUAUUUGCACGUGAAUUAGCUAAGCGAUUACAGGGUACAAAAGUAACUAUUAAUUCAUUACAUCCCGGUGUUGUUGAAUCUGAAUUAAUGAGACAUCAUACUAUAAUUGAAAACCCACUUUUUCGGCCUAUCGCAACCGCUUUGAAAUGGCCGUUUUUCAAAACCACACCUAAUGGUGCGCAAACUACAAUAUACGCAGCCUUGGAUCCAGACUUGGAAUUAGUUAGCGGAGCUUAUUUUGCUGAUUGUAAACCAAAAAAAACUGCAGCAGUCGCUCGAGAUGACGACUUGGCUAAAUGGCUGUGGGAUGAAAGUGAGCGUCUAAUCAAUUUGAAAUUGAUACAGUUGGGUUUAAAUGAAAAUUAGCAAUUAUAAAUUUGGCAACAUUUUGUAAGAUUGUCUUUAUGAUUUAAAAAUGAAGAUUUAUCUGAAGCUUCAUAUGUAUAACUAAUAUAUAAAAUAAAUAAAUAUUUACAAAUAUAUGCUAAACAA